GUUGUAACUUUUUCCGUCUUCCACCUUCAAGCCAAUACUCCGAUUUUGGUUCCAGUUGAACAUGGCGACCCAUUCUCUUACACGCAGAUGUGCUGGACUUACCUCUACAAGUCCCACAUCAGUAGUUCAAGGAUUUAUAAAGACCGCCACAACAACCCGGUCAUUCCACCACAACACCCCGCGUCCAGUCUUGGAUUUUCUUGUUCCACGUUUGGGUAUUCCCUUGCAGUCGGCAUAUGACCUCAAGCAGAAUGAGAUAAUAAAGAAUUCCUUGAGAUGUUUCUCGACCACUAGGACACGAAAAGCUACCAUGACCACAUUCAAUCCACAAAAGAACGAAGAUGGCACAGAACAGAAGAUUGAAAUCACAUCGCGUGCUGCAGAUCGUUUGCAACAACUCCGCAAGAAAGAAAACAACCCUAAUCUUGCCCUUCGAGUCGAAGUCCAGUCAGGGGGUUGCCACGGGUUCCAAUAUGUGAUGUCUCUGUGCGACCUUCCCGCCAAUAUAUCCCGAGAUCUCUUCUCGAAGGAUGAUAUCCAAGAAGAAUCCUCCCCUGCUCUAAAUACUUCAUCCACAGAUCCAAAUGAUAUGCCUACAUCAUCGACUCCCUCGAAAUCAAAAAAUCCGACCACGUUGGAUCUUCGCGAAGAUGAUACAGUAUUCAGCUAUAUUAGUGACCAAUCUCACGCUAGUGUAGUUAUGGACGUGUUCAGCCUCGAUGCCUUGAAGGGUAGCAGAAUAGAUUACGAAGUCAAGUUAAUCGGUUCCGAGUUCAAGAUUGUUGACAACCCGGCCGCGACUAGCAGUUGUGGUUGCGGAACAAGCUUCGAUAUCAAGUUUUGAGUCUGAAGAGGAUCGAUAAGUGUACUGUAAGUUACUAGAUACGAUAUACCAUUUGGGGUUUGGGUUUGGCGUGAAUAGCAUGGUUUGACACCACGCGGUGUUGAGCAACAGAUUAGCGACCACAAGGGCAUGCAUGUCAUAAAAGAAUUCUUCCAUUUUUAGAUGGUCUUACCCACUGCUUCCGGGAGAGUCUUGUAUGCGUUGGUAAAAUCUCAGAAAUAUGGCAUGUAUCAACAUGAGCUAAGCAUGGGAAGCUUUGUUCUGUGCAAGAAGGGACCUGGGAGGUACCGGAGACAAAAGGUACUACGUAGUCAAAUCAAUGCUGGAAGACAUGAAGAGCAACCAAUUUGAUAACAAUGAUUUACAAUUUACAAGGAGUGGUGGUGAUAGUGAUAACGUACACAUAGAAUACAAUAGCACAGGGACAGUACGCAGUACA